CACUCCGGUAUCGUCGCCGGCGUUUCGCGUUCGAAUUAACCGCGCACGUAUGCACGUACGUAAGUUUUUCGUAAACAUUUUGGCGAUCUCGAUUUCUCGGUUACGGAUUUUCAAUUUUACUAUAAAACACCUAAUCGAGUUUCGUCCGGCCAAACGAUUACGCGUCGACAAUACGUGUAGAUACGUGCACCUUUUAUGCAGGCAAUCGCGGUAUUAUAACAUAAUUUAAGUGUACACCGUGAAUACAUUUAAUCGUGUGCAAAACGUGUAUAACGCGGGGAGUGCUGUGUUGCGGGAAUCGAAUCCCGUUACCCUCCCACGCGCCAAGUGUUUGUGCGGUUUUUUAAGAAAACAAUAUUUUCGAGUGUUUUUUUUUCACGUGUUCGUGCCACCGAAAUGAUGAUGCUGCCCUGCGUGUUGAUGGUGUUGGUGUACACAGCGGAUAAAACAGGAUGUUCAUACCAGAGUCAUGGGGGAAGCGACAAGAAUGGUGCUGGCGGUAGCGGGCGUGACGUCAAUGCUGUGAAACCAGACGCCAACCAAUACUCUGGGCCGCAAUUCGACCCGGAAACACCCAGAAACGUGACUGCGCUAGAGGGAAAAUCUGCGUAUUUGACAUGCAAAGUCAAGAAUUUGGAUAACAAAACGGUGUCAUGGAUAAGACACAGAGACAUACAUAUACUGACAGUGGGCGCAUAUACAUACACCAGUGACCAACGGUUCCAGGCCAUUCAUCACAGAUCGCAUUCAGACCAGUGGACGUUGCAUAUAAAAUGGGCUCAAAAGAGAGACGCAGGCAUUUACGAGUGCCAGGUGAGCACGCAACCAGUAAGAAGCAUAUUCGUCACACUCAACGUCGUUGACGAUAAACCGCCACCUUCGAAGAACGACGAUAGUUUACUAGAUAUGAUGAUAAGAGACGGAGACUUUACAAAAGUGCCAUCUGCUUCGAUUUCUGGUGGUCCAGACAUUCACGUGAACGAAGGGAGUACCAUUAAUCUGACGUGCAUUGUGAAGUUCAGCCCGGAACCGCCGUCUUACAUCUUCUGGUAUCAUUACGACGAGGUGAUCAGCUACGAUUCGCUUCGCGGAGGCGUGAGCGUGGUCACAGAAAAGGGAGACGUGACGGUCAGUUAUCUGCUCAUACAGGAUGCAGUGCAAGCAGAUUCUGGCAAGUACACGUGCAACCCAUCAAACGCGGACUUAUCAAGCGUGGUAGUACACGUCCUAAAUGGCGAAAGUCCGGCGGCCAUGCAGACCGGUUCAGCUGGCUUAUCCAACAGUUCCAUCACGAUACUAUGCGUAAUGAUCCUAAGCUGGACAUUCACCAGAACCGACGAUCAGCUGAGAUAAUAAACACGCGCCCGCCGCCUAUAUCUGCCUCUCCAGCAACCAUUACUCUAAUAAUAUAAAUUAUAAAUUUUAUUAUUAUAUGAAAUUUACAUUUAAUUGCAAACUAUAAUGGUAACCAAAUUAAAAACAAAUAAAUACAAAAACAAAAAUAAUGUUAGAGCAAAAAAACCCGUGUGCGCGGCCGAAAGUGAUGUUUUCUCUCGUUUCUACCAACUACAAUUACAUUUCUUUAUAAUAUUAUGUUCAAUAUGAGUAUAUGACUUAUACGAUAGAGACCACUGUUAUCAUAAGAGAUGUGCUCGUGUUAUUUCUUUUUUAUUUUUUUUUUUUUAGAAACGUAUUUGUAAAUAUUUUUACUACAAUGAAAAAAUUAUUAUAAACAUUGUACAGAAUUUUUUUUCUAUAUACUAUUCACUACUAUGACGUCAAUCCCGGUGUAUGGAUAUUAUUAUCAUUAUAUAGAUGUCGCUUGAACACUGUGAGUUGUUUCCCACAAAGUCGUUGUAAAACACCAGAAAACACUCAUGUUUUUUUUUUUUUUUUUUUAUUUAUAACUGUUGCUUUGUACAUAAUAUAUACAUAAAAUUAUCCAAAUUCUCGUACAAUAAUAUGCACUCCCCAGUUUUCGACGCGUAUUCGUUUUAUUAUCGCGUCUCCUUAAAUUGUUUAAUAGUAAUUAAUGUCCGGUCGCUUGUUGUAAAAUAAAAAAAUAUUUUAUUUUUCGUACGAUGCAUAUUAUGUCGUAUUGCCGGCAAUAAAUGUCCAAACGGAACAUACCCACAAAAACGAAUAAAAAUCGAAAAGGGGUAAUCUUGCUCCGCUUAAGUGUGUAGCUACACAUCGUGUUAUGUUAUAAAUUUUACGAAAUCGUCACUGUGAAUUACAUGUGUAAUUAGGGGAUGAGGAGGGGAUCCAAUCAGCCUUUUCCAAUGUUUUACAAUUUUGGUAUACUGAGUAUUGAUUUAUAUACACCCUAGUAGGUGUAUAUUUUAUAAUAUGUGUAUAAUACAGGACUAUUCUAAAUUAUUCAUCUGUUGCUUGGCACUUGGUCUUCGAUCUUUAUCAACUCGAUAUUGCUCCAUGUGUCUCUUUUUUCUGGAUUUAUAUUAAAAAUACUGUUAACCAUAGUUAAAUAUAAGUUAAUCAUAACUUUUAGUUCGUUCUGUUUACGUACCACCAUUAUAAUUAACCAAAUUUAGAAGCUAAAAAAUCGGAAGAGUUAACUACAAACGGAUUUGCUGAAACAAGUAUGCGAUGCAUUGCAGACUAUCAAUUGGAUGUUGUUCUUGUAAGGAUUGGAAGUCAUACACAAUAUAUUGUAUGUAUAUAUACCAUAAACUAAAUUUAAAAUAUUAUUAUUUUAUUAAAUAUAGCAACUAUAUAUAGGUCCAAAACUUUCUUUUUUUUUUUUAAUUUUAUGUUUACAAUUACUUUUGACAAUUAUUAGGUACAGUAUAAAAGUUGCUUUCAAGAAGAAAGAGUAGUUAAUAGAGAUCCUUUUUUCUAUUAUUUGGUAUAUCUUUGUACAAAAUGUAAAUACGGUUGAUGGAAGAAAGUAAGAAAUAUUAUGGAGUGAAAAUUAUAGGAAUUGUAAUUUUGUUAAUUAAGGAUGUUAGAGUCAGUAGGCGAGGGUUUAGAAUGGGUUGUAACAUUUCGAUGAAUUAAUUGAUGAUUUUAAAUGACUGAUCAACUGAUGCUGUGUUGGCUAUGACUUUGGCAUAUGAUAUAUUUUUAUUGUUAUCCUUAUCAACAUUGGGCUUCAUAUGUGUUGAAGGCGGUAUAUUGAUAUUUGGAGUGGGAUGAUUAUUUAAUUUGGCUGUCUUGAGAUUUUUACGGUUUUUUAAAAUGUUUUUGUAUAGGGGACAGCCCUUAUAAAAGGUUGAUACGGACCUGUGCAUAGAGUGCACUUUGCAGAAUCCGAUGAUUAGCCUAAAAAUGAUGAUAUUCUGAAAUCAAAUGAAUCAUUUUAAUUAAUCCAGUAUAUAGAUACACUUGACUAACAAUAUUAAAAAUGUUUAAAACACAUCAUGUACACAGCAAAUGAAAAAAAAAAUUGAUCGAGAGAGGAGAGAGUGAGAGAGAGAGAGAGAGAAAAUCGUGACUACUUUUUAUCACUGCUUCGGCAUUAUAUAGAUCACCACUACGACGGAGUUGUCUGGAUAAAUUUUACGUCCCGUAAAAUUUUCGUGUAUUUUUUAUUUUUAAAUUUAUUUUAACGAUUUUUCCGCGAUUCAUGAACCAACAGCAAAUUACAUCAGACAAUGGCGAUAUUAUUAUAAUUAUUAUUGUUGGCGCUUAUUUACGCGCGUAUAGAUUACUAUACGUUACGCUCGGACAUUGUAUACGUAAACACUGAGUAGAACAGCGGUCCAGUUGAAGGAGAGGGUAAAAAAUUAACCAUUCGUGACGGUUUGGAAUCGAUAAAUUAACAAUAUAGUAUAAUACACGUAAUAUCAUAAUACUAUACGCGCCGUUACGGUUGAAAUUCGAAACGUGUGUAACGUAUAUAAUUUAAUUUUAUGUACCGAGAUGUAUACGGAAUAAUAAUUAUAAUAAUAUUGUCGUAAUACGUUUUCGUUUUAUUGUCAACAGUGAUUUUAUUAUAAAAAGCUGCAUUGAUUAUGGUACGAUAACUAAAAACAGCGAUAUAGUUUUACAGCCACAACAGCACACCCAUUUUUUAGAUGUCAACCCAACCGAUACUAACCACCAUCUGAACGUUUGUAUAAAUACUUGUUUUAGAACAGGCACGUUUAGUUGACUUCAUUAUUCAAUAGGUAUUUAUAAUAAAUUAUGUAUAAUGUGAACAGCUGGUACCUAUUUUUAGGACUUUUUUUUCUAUUCAAAUCGCGUUUACGUGUUUAUUAAACAUUAUGCAUAGUUAGAUCGAUUCGCUUUUUAUCUCCAAUCAUAAUUGUUUUAAAAUGUCUGAAAACUUGUUUCAAA